CCCCGAAUCAGGCCAGAGCAGCAGAGCGCCGAAGCCUCCAUAGCGUCUUGGCUGGAGUUGGUGUGCGCGCUCGGAGCGCAGAUUGUACGGCCUUGCGGAGUUGCUGGCUGAGGCUGUAAUCAGAGGAGCAGCCGGACCCUGUAGUGAGGCUGAGCGCUGCUGUGUACGGUAGGUACGUCACUGUGUGUACACUUACCUGGCAGAGGAGUCCAUGGAGGUACAGGGCACAGCACUCAUACACAGUUCAUCUGAACAAAAUGAUGUGCCACAAGACCCACACAUCCUAUCUCUUCUGUUGUCUGGUUUCUGCAGUAUUAGUAUUGUCCGCAGUGGCAGAAGACCAUGCACAUCCGAAAGUCGAAGAGGGGGGACAUGCAGGCGGUCGUUUUGAUAAAAAUGUGGUACACGAUAAAGACCACAUAAUGGAACACUUGGACGGAGUGGUUCAGAAGCCGGAGACAGAAAUGUCCCCUCAGGAGCUGCAGCUUCAUUAUUUCAAGAUGCACGACUAUGAUGGCAACAAUUUAUUAGACGGCCUUGAGUUGGCAACUGCGAUUUCCCAUGUGCAUAAAGAGGGGAAUGAUGACCAAACCCAGACAUUAUCCGAAGAUGAGCUAAUAGUCAUGAUAGAUGGUGUUCUACGGGAUGACGAUUUCAAUAAUGACGGAUACAUUGAUUAUGCAGAGUUUGCUAAGUCGAUGCAAUAAAGACUUUUUUGCGGA